ACGAGUACUAGCCGCCUUGUGCAAAACAAAACGUAAGGUGUCUGAGACACGUACAUGCACGCCUCUACUUAAUUCAUUUCCCCCCCGAAUUAGUCUGAUUCUUUUCUUUUCAUUUAUUUUUAAUCAGUUGUUUACCAUUCGUCCAGAUCUGAAACAUCGCCCUUCUCCUCCUUUAUUUACAUUCUUUCUAUUCAUCCUGUUUCAAUUAGAGGCAAGUUUGGUUUCACUGAUCAGUGAUAACAGGAUUAACUGGAAUCUAAAACUGAAAGAUGGCUGAUCAAUCUCUGGUCGGCUCCUCUCGUAUUGACCUUGAUGAACCAAGAUAUGACCAGAACACAUUCAAAGGUCGUGCUAAGCAUUUUUUUAUCACAACAAAUCCUUUAAAUUUGUUUACAUCAUCAUCACAACUUGCCUCUGCUAAAAGUAUUGUUGAAGGUUACAGAAAUGGUCAAAUCUUCCCUGGAAAAACUGAUGAUGAUAUCUGGAGAGCAAAGCACCUCUAUGACUCAGCAUUCCACCCAGACACAAAGGAAAAAAUGUUUAUUCUUGGUCGAAUGUCAGCUCAGGUGCCGAUGAACAUGACAAUUACAGGUUGCAUGAUGACAUUCUACAAAACACCAAUGGCUGUGAUAUUUUGGCAGUGGUUUAACCAGUCUUUCAAUGCUAUCGUCAAUUAUACCAACCGAAGUGGCGACACACCAAUUCCUGUUUCGCAGCUUGGCUUAUCUUAUGUACUGGCCACUGGUGGUGCCAUGGCAACAGCCUUGGGUUUCAACAAAGUAGUGAAGUCUAUGUCGCCGCUUAUAGGAAGAUUUGUCCCCUUCACUGCUGUUGCUGCUGCUAACUGUAUCAACAUACCUUGUAUGAGAAGCAGGGAAAUAAUGAAAGGCAUUCCGAUCUUUGAUGAAAGAGGCCAACGUCUUGGAGAAUCAACAGCAGCAGCAAAGAGUGCAAUUACUCAAGUGGUCUUCUCCCGUAUUCUAAUGGCAUGUCCUGGCAUGAUAAUUCCACCAUUUAUUAUGAAUGUUCUGGAGGCACGUCCAUUCUUGAAGAAAUACCCAUACAUGAAUGCACCAAUACAAGUCGGACUUGUUGGCAUGUUAUUGGUUUUUGCCACACCUCUAUGCUGUGCCCUCUUCCCACAGAAAAGUUCCAUGUCUGUGACAUCUUUGGAGCAGGAAGCACAAGAUAAAAUCAAAAAACUCACCGACAAACCAAUUGAACGUGUCUACUUCAACAAAGGCCUCUGAUAAAAUAAUCAACGAUAGUUUUGUUUUUGUAUUUGUUUUUUUUAAGUAUUUUUCUGUAUUUGUUAUUGUUUUUGAAAGGUAAUAGGGUGGAUGGUGGUCUUGAAGACAUUCAAUUCUAUUCACAAAUGAUCGCAAUAAAGAUUUCCAAAUUUUU